AAAAAAAUAGUUUUUCUCUUGCUCCAUGCAAAAAGACAAUAAUACUUGCAACAAAAAAAAAACAGAAAACAAUACUGAGAAAAGAAAUUCAUGCUUCUCUUGGCGGGAAAAUGAACUGAGAACAAGAAGGUCAACCUCCGCACAACGUCGCCCACAACCGCAGCAGAAACAUAUAGAGAUGAUGCACUGCCUCACACGGUUCAGCCGUGUCGGCCAUCCGGUUUUCACCAGCAGGUGUCGCUUACUUCAUGCUAUAACAAUUGACAAAUACCCUGAAUUGCUCGAACAUUGCAUUCAAACUAAAUCCCUUAAACAUGGCAAGAUGAUUCACCAGCAUCUGCUUAAGAAUGAUAGCAACUACUACAAUGGCAAUCGGAAUUAUUUCGUGCUCGAAAAGAUCACCCGGUUUUAUCUAAUUUGUGACCGUCUCGGUCUUGCACGCAAUGUGUUCGAUGAAAUUCCUGAACCAACUGUUAUUUUGUGGAACUUGAUGAUCCGAGCUUAUGCUUGGAAUGGACCCUUUGAAGCUUCCCUUGAUUUGUACUCCCAGAUGCUUGUUUCUGGAGUGAUCCCUAGCAAGUAUACCUUUCCUUUUGUUCUUAAGGCGUGUUCAGGUUUGAGUGCAAUAGAGCCAGGCAAAAUGAUUCAUAGUCAUGCCCUACGACUUGGGCUUGACUCAGAUGUCUAUGUUUCCACUGCUUUGCUCGAUUUGUAUGCCAAAUGUGGAGAUCUAGCUCGAGCGGAAAAUGUGUUUUAUGGUAUGCAGUGUAGGGAUAUUGUGGCUUGGAAUGCCAUGAUUGCUGGUUUUUCGGCUCAUGGGUUUUUUGAUGAUAUGAUGAGAUUGUUUGGUGACAUGCAGGAAGCAGGAAUAAGCCCCAACUCCUCUACCAUUGUGACUAUGUUACCAGCAGUUGCUCAAGCUAGUGGUUUGAGUCAUGGGAAGGAGAUCCAUGGGUAUUCUGUGAGGAGGGGUUUUAGCAAAGCAGUUAUGGUGGGCACAGGGCUAGUGGAUAUGUAUGGAAAAUGCGGAUGCAUUUCUUACGCUAGGACCAUCUUUGACUUGUUAGGUGUAAAGAAUGAAGUAACUUGGAGUGCAAUGAUUGGUGCAUAUGUUGCGUCUGAUCAAAUGAGAGAAGCUCUGAUAUUGUUUGACCAUAUGUUGCUCGAGGAGUCAAGUAGAAGUCCGCCACUGGUAGCUCUUUGUUGUGCUCUUCGUGCUUGCACAAAGCUAAUUGAUCUAACUAAUGGGAGAAGGAUCCAUGGUUGCAUUUUGAAAUCAGGGUUUCUUUCAGAUUUGAUGGUUAGCAAUACAUCCCUUUCUAUGUACGCAAAGUGUGGUAUAUUAGAUGAUGCUGCCAUGUUUUUUCAGGAAAUGAAUCCAGUAGAUAGGGUUUCUUAUGGUGCAAUGAUUUCUGGGUGCGUGCAAAACGGUAAUAGUCUGCAAGCCUUGGAUACCUUCCGGAAAAUGCAGUUAUCAGGAAUUGACCCAGAUGAGGCUACUAUGCUUGCCCUGCUACCAGCUUGUUCACAUUUGGCUUCUCUGAAAUACGGGGCAUGUACCCACGGAUAUUCUGUAAUCCGUGGUUUUGUGGCUGAUACUUCAAUCUGUAAUGCACUAAUUGAUAUGUAUGCAAAGUGUGGAAAGGUUAAAACUGCAAGGGAAGUAUUUAAUAGAAUGCAUAAGCGUGAUAUAAUCUCAUGGAAUUCUAUGAUUGCUGGUUAUGGUAUUCAUGGCCUUGGAUCAGAUGCACUUGCUUUGUUCGGUGAACUAAGAAAUACAGGUUUGAUGCCGGAUGGUAUAACAUUCAUCAGUCUUUUGAUUGCUUGUACUCACUCAGGUCUUGUUGCAGAAGGGAAAUACUGGUUUGAUUCCAUGGUUAGAGAAUUUCAGAUUAUCCCUAGGGUUGAUCAUUGUAUAUGUAUGGUUGAUCUCUUGGGACGAGCAGGACUUCUGAGAGAGGCCAGAAGUUUCAUUGACAAAAUGCCAUGCAUGCCUAAUGUUCAUGUCUGGAGUGCCUUGCUUGCUGCAUGUAAAAUCCACAAGGAUGUUGAGUUGGCUGAAGAAGCAGCAAAGAGGAUCCACAGUUUGGGUCCCGAAAGUUCUGGAAAUUUUGUGCUUUUGUCUAAUAUAUAUAGUUGUGCUGGGAGAUGGGAAGAUGCGGCUUCUAUUAGAAUCACGCAGAGCAAUCAGGGCUUCAAGAAAAGGCCAGGAUGUAGCUGGGUAGAGAUAAAUGGCGUUAUUCACGCAUUCACCGGUGGGGACAAUUCACACCCACAGUCAGAACAAAUAUACAAAAAAUUAAAGGAAUUGCUGACAGAGACAAAAAAGUUAGGAUAUGAGGCUGUCCCCGGUGUUGUAUUCCAGGAUGUUGAAGAGGAAGAAAAGGAGCAUAUCCUUGUUUAUCAUAGUGAAAAGUUAGCUAUUGCAUUUGCUACAAUAAGUCUGAGCCCAAGCCAACCCAUUUUUGUUACCAAGAAUUUGAGGGUUUGUGGUGAUUGUCAUGAUGUUAUCAAGUAUAUCACUCUUGUCACUAAGAGGGAGAUAACGGUUAGGGAUACCAGUCGUUUUCACCAUUUCAAAGAUGGCGUAUGCAGCUGUGGAGAUUUUUGGUAACCUCCUUGUGAAUAGACAUAUUUGUUCGAUCACACUGCUUCAGCCUUCAGGGGGUAUGUCCUUGCACAAGAGUUCAUACGUCAUCUUCACCCUAGUAUUGAAUCUGUCAAUACAUCAAAGUAAAACCAAAAUCUUCUAAAAGUCCCUUGGCCGUUUUAUUGUAGGAUGUUAUGUACUAGCAUGUCCCACAUGAUAACAAAAAUGUUCACUUGGCUAUGCUAAAUUGCUAAUGGAAAAACCUAAAGGCUUACGGCUUACCACAGAAAUGCUUUUCCCCUGUGGAGGUUGAUAAUUGUGCUUAUGGGGGAAUGAAGAAGGAAAAUUAAAAACUGUGUAUAGGAUGCAGAUGUCAAAUAAGGAACACCAGCAACCGUGGAGUUGUACUUGUGCUAAUUUGACAUGGUAAGAAUUGCAGUCUUUUAAGUUAGUGUGGUGAUUACCAUUUCGUGUCAUUCUGUAGCCAGUUUUGAGGAGUGAAGCUCAAGAACAUUAUGUGACAAUGCUUGAAUAAGGUGAAUGGAUGAAUUGUUUUAGAAAACAGGACGAAGGAGAUCGGACUGAUCUGCAGGCAGAAGAUAGGUGGUGAACUGAAAUGUAGUGUAGAUGCAUCGUGUACAGAUUACCCUAUUCUUUAUAUCAGCAGGCGAGUAAGUACUGAAUGAUAAUGGCAAUAGAGGUUUGAGAACUACAGUUAAAGAUUACGAAUUAUUAUUCUGUAAUGAAUUUUUGAAGUUAUAUUUCCAUUACCAUCUCAAGUAUACGAAAACAAUCUGAUA